AUGAAGGGCUUGAUCGAGAAUUAUAAAGAGCUUGAAGGCUAUAGUAUCACGGUUAACGAGGCUCAGUCAAGAGACAUCAAUGAUGGUGGUGUUGGUCGCCAUAGCAACAGUGAUGAUGGUCGUUACUACAGCGGUGGUUGUAGUAGUGCUUACCGCACAACGAUAGUGGUAGAUAUGGGAGAAGCAUGAUGGAUGAAACACAAUGACAAAAUAUUUUAUUUUUUAUUUUUAUGUUUUUAAAAUUUAAUAGUGUAUUAUUUUAGUUUUAUUGUAUAUAUUAUAAACUAUUAUUAUCAAUAAAGACUUUUUUUAAUUACA